AUGCCAGAUACCCAGUCCAGCGAACUCCAGUUUCCCGAUUCUCCGGCCUCGCUUCCUCCGGGAACAUUCCUACUCAUCGAUGACCGAGAUGGAGACGGCCAUGGCCCUCGGCGUGUUGUGCUCAAUCCGGUGCCAUCGACUGAUCCAAAUGAGCCACUGAAUUGGAGUGCGCUACGAAAGACUUGCAACUUUACUCUAGUACUGGCAGUGACGGCGCUCGUAUUUACCGCGCUUUCAAUCCAGGCCAUCUUCUGGCAGUUGAUGGUGGUGGAUCUCAAUGUCACCUAUACCCAGCUCAACCGAGCCGUCUCAGUCAACUUUGUUGGAUUGGCCAUGGGUUGCGUGCUCUUCAUUCCGUUGGCAAAGAAGUUCGGGCGAAGACCCGUAUACCUUGUGUCCACUGCAUUGAUGCUCGUAACCUCGUUCUGGGCGUCGAAGUUGACGAGGCUCUCGGAGCUGUAUGCUACCAAUCUUCUCCAGGGACUUGCCGGCGCGACGAAUGAGUCUAUUGUUCAAAUAACGAUUGCCGAUCUCUUUUUCGUACAUCAUCGCGGGGGAAUGAACGCGUUGUAUAUGACGAUGGUCAUGAUCGGGAGCUUCCUGAGCCCCAUGGCGGCAGGGGCGCAGGCCACGAGGCAAGGAUGGCAAGCGUCGUAUCGCACGCUCGGUAUCUGCAAUGCGAUCUUAUUUGGGCUAUUCCUGUGCUUUUACGAAGAAACCAAGUACACCCCGAUCAUCACAGGCGUGAGCAGCCAGGAAGCCAUCAUCGCCGACACCCUCAACGUCACCGUCGACGCCAUCAAGACCGACUGUAAACCAGACAUCGAGCGUCCGCCAAGCAGGCCAGAUACCGAUCGCCACCCAACAUCAUCCCAGCACGAGCUUGACCAUACCAUCCCACUCAAAACGUGGAAGCGGCGCCUCGCCUUGGUGACAUACACCCCCGAGACCAUCUGGCCCUACUUCUACCGCCCUUUCAUUGUCCUUGCCAGUUUCCCCGCUGUUCUCUUCUGCGCCAUGCAGUAUGCAUGCGGUGUCGCAUGGCUGACUAUCAUGUCCAGCGUGAUCGCGCUCGUCUUCCCAAUGCCGCCGUAUCUUUUCACCCCAGAGCAGAUUGGGUACAUGAGCGUUGGCCCGUUCAUCGGCAAUUUAAUCGGGUCCUUCUACGGCGGCUUCAUCGGCGAUUGGUCGAUUAUGUACUUUGCGCGCCGGAACAGGGGGUACUAUGAGCCUGAGAUGCGCUUGUACAUCUUGCAUCUUCCAGCCCUGGCUCUGGCGGGAGGAUUGAUCAUGUUUGGCGCGACGAUUGCGCGGGGCAUGCACUGGAUCUGGCCCAGCAUUGGUGGCGCCCUGUUUGGGUUCGGACUCGGCAGUAUCAGCGAUGCCGCGCUUACGUUGGUCAUUGACAGUUAUCGCGAUGUCACCGGCGACGCGUUCACGGGCGUCGCGUUUCUCCGCAACGCAAUCAGCAUCGGGAUUCCAUUCGCCAUCACACCCUGGAUGCACCGUUCAGGGCCCCAGAAUAUGUUCAUCGCGUGUGGGUUUAUCAGUCUGGCGAUUACGCUGACGAUUGUGCCCAUGAUUGUAUAUGGGAAGAGGAUUCGGGCGGCGACUGCAAUGCGAUACAGGGCGAUGGUGGUGCAGCAGAGUGGGCGGAUUUGA